CAGCAGUUUGCAUCACUCCAAAUCUCUUCUGGAGAGCGCCGAAACACGAUAAGCAAAAAUGCAGAUCUUCGUCAAGACACUCACCGGGAAAACCAUCACGCUCGAAGUCGAAUCGAGCGAUACCAUUGACAAUGUCAAAGCCAAGAUUCAGGACAAGGAAGGAAUCCCACCGGAUCAGCAGCGAUUGAUUUUCGCCGGAAAGCAGCUUGAAGAUGGCCGAACACUUGCUGAUUACAACAUACAGAAAGAGUCAACUCUGCAUUUGGUAUUGAGGCUUAGGGGAGGUAUCAUUGAGCCUUCGCUCAUGGCAUUGGCUAGGAAAUACAAUCAGGAUAAGAUGAUCUGCCGCAAAUGCUAUGCUCGUCUUCACCCUCGCGCUGUCAACUGUCGCAAGAAGAAGUGUGGACACAGCAAUCAGUUGAGGCCUAAGAAGAAGAUCAAGUAGACUGCUGGAUUCAUUGCUUAUCUUGUUUCCAUUUUGUCUCCUCUACUUUAGUUAUUACCAAUGAAACUAAACAGUGUUGCUAUUUUCUGUUGGAGUUUAGUGGCACUCUGCAUUUCAUUGAUUUGCAGUUUUACAUUGUCGAAAUGAAUUGGUUUUCUCCUA